CGUAUUACUGCGUAUAGAAAGAAACCGACUGUGUGUGUUGUGCACCACUCAGAAGUCGCCUGAUAGAAAACAAGCAGACAGUCGCUGGUGAAAGAAAGGGAUGCCUCAAACCAUAAGCAACCCGUAUGCACACCUUGUAGAGCCCCUGGACCCCAAGGAGCCAGAAAAGAAGUUCUACAAUCUGUGCAAGUUGGGAGAUCCCAGAUAUGGCCGCCUCCCAUUCUCCGUCCGGGUGCUUUUGGAAGCUGCUGUCCGAAACUGCGACGAGUUUCUAGUGAGGAAAGAGGAUGUUGAGAGCAUCCUGAACUGGAAAGUGACGCAGCAGCAGAGUGUGGAAGUGCCCUUCAGACCUGCGAGGGUCAUCCUGCAGGAUUUCACUGGGGUGCCUGCCGUGGUGGACUUUGCAGCCAUGCGAGAUGCUGUUAAAAAGUUAGGAGGAGAUCCAGGGAAGAUCAAUCCUGUGUGUCCGGCUGACUUAGUGAUUGACCACUCCAUCCAAGUGGAUUUCAACAGGAAGGCUGAAAGUUUACAGAAGAAUGAGGAGUUGGAGUUUGAAAGAAACAAAGAGAGAUUUGAGUUUUUAAAGUGGGGAUCUAAAGCUUUCCGCAAUAUGAGGAUUAUUCCCCCCGGAUCAGGAAUCAUUCACCAGGUGAAUUUGGAGUACCUGGCGAGGGUGGUGUUUGAACAGGAUGGCUUCUAUUACCCAGACAGCGUUGUGGGUACUGACUCGCACACAACCAUGAUUGACGGACUUGGUGUUCUAGGCUGGGGUGUGGGUGGCAUCGAAGCUGAGGCAGUGAUGUUGGGGCAGCCAAUCAGCAUGGUGCUUCCUGAAGUAGUCGGGUACAAGCUGUUGGGAACCAUUGACCCAUUGGUCACGUCGACUGACAUUGUCUUAACCGUCACCAAGCAUCUGCGACAGGUUGGCGUGGUUGGUAAAUUUGUGGAGUUCUUUGGGCCCGGAGUGUCUCGGCUCUCUAUCGCUGACAGAGCCACCAUUGCUAACAUGUGUCCAGAGUAUGGAGCGACUGCAGCCUUCUUCCCAGUUGACCACAUCAGCAUGAAGUAUCUGGAGCAAACAGGAAGAGACAAAGACAAGCUAAGUUACAUUACCAGGUAUCUCAAAGCGGUCGGGAUGUUCAGAGACUUCACCGACUCUUCUCAGGACCCCGACUUUACCCAGGUGGUGGAGUUGGACCUCGGCACUGUAGUCCCCUGCUGCAGUGGCCCCAAACGACCCCAGGAUAAAGUAGUUAUUUCUGAAAUGAAGAAAGAUUUUGAAAGCUGUUUAGGUACAAAGCAAGGAUUUAAAGGUUUCCAAAUCCCACCUGAACGCCAUGCAGCCAAAGUCAAUUUUAAAUACAAAGACCAGGAGUUUGUCCUCUCCCAUGGGUCUGUGGUGAUAGCAGCCAUCACCAGCUGUACCAACACCAGCAACCCAUCCGUCAUGCUGGGCGCAGGAUUGUUGGCUAAGAAGGCCGUUGAAGCAGGACUCAGUGUGAAGCCUUAUGUGAAAACCAGCCUGUCGCCUGGAAGUGGGGUUGUCACUCACUACCUGAAAAAGAGCGGAGUGAUGCCUUUCCUCUCACAGCUGGGAUUUGAAGUGGUCGGCUAUGGCUGCAUGACAUGUAUUGGAAACAGCGGGCCUAUCCCAGACCCAGUUGUGGAAGCCAUUACUAAGGGGGAUCUUGUGGCUGUGGGGAUACUAUCUGGAAACAGGAACUUUGAAGGGCGUGUCCACCCCAACACCCGCGCCAACUACCUAGCGUCUCCUCCACUGGUCAUUGCUUAUGCCAUUGCUGGGACCGUACAGAUAGACUUUGACAAAGAGCCUGUGGGUGUCAACCCCCAAGGAAAAGAAGUCUUUUUGAGGGACAUCUGGCCAACCAGGGAAGAAAUCCAAAUGGUUGAAUGUCAGUUUGUCAUUCCAGCAAUGUUCAGGGAGGUUUACAAAAAAAUCGAGACAGCCAAUGAACGUUGGAAUGCUUUAAAGGCACCCUCUGAUGAGCUGUACACCUGGGACCCCAAAUCAACAUACAUCAAGUCACCACCUUUCUUUGAAAAUCUUACUUUAGGUCUCCAGACCCCUAAGUCGAUAACUGAUGCAUAUGUGCUGUUAAACUUGGGAGACUCUGUGACAACAGACCACAUCUCCCCUGCUGGGAAUAUUGCGAGAAACAGCCCUGCAGCACGCUAUCUAUCUAGCAGAGGUCUUGCAUCCCGAGAAUUCAACUCCUAUGGGUCUCGUCGCGGCAACGAUGCAGUCAUGGCGAGGGGCACUUUCGCAAAUAUCCGUCUCUUUAACAAGUUCCUGAGCAAACAAGCGCCACAAACCAUUCAUUUACCUUCUGGAGAAACGCUUGAUGUGUUUGAUGCUGCUGAGAGAUACCAACAGGCUGGCCUUCCUCUUAUCAUCCUAGCAGGGAAGGAGUAUGGAUCAGGUAGCUCAAGAGACUGGGCAGCAAAAGGACCAUUCCUUCUGGGAAUCAAAGCUGUUCUGGCUGAGAGCUAUGAGCGUAUUCAUCGCAGUAACCUGGUAGGAAUGGGAGUGAUCCCUCUGGAGUACCUCCCUGAAGACACUGCAGAAUCACUGGGCCUCACUGGCCAGGAGCGCUACACUAUCAUCAUUCCUGAUGAGCUCACACCCAGAAUGAUGGUUGAUAUUAAGCUGGACACAGGGAAGACCAUCAAGGCUCGGAUGAGGUUUGACACGGACGUGGAACUCGCCUACUUUCGCAACGGAGGCAUCCUCAACUACAUGAUUCGCAAAAUGCUAGAAAAAUGAUUGAAUUAUUCAGAUGGAUCGUUGUUGCCCAGUUCACCCGGUGUCUCUCAAAUGAAAAUGCACAUUAACCAGAGCAAGGAGAAGAAAAAAAGGAGAGAGAAUAAUAUUUAUUAUUUAUUAAUAAUAAUAAUAAUAAUAAUAAUAAUAAUAAUAAUAAUAAUAAACUUUAUUUUGUAUGUGAUCUAGAUUUAGAUUCAGAUUCAGUGAUAAGUGGAAAGGCAUAUUUUCUGAAAUAACCAUUUUAACAAGAAAACAAGAACACACAUCAAGAACAGGACUUACUGUAUUUACAACUAAGCUGUUUCUUACUUGGUUUUAUACCAUUAAAGUAGUUGUAUUCUUUUCA